GAUGAUGAUGAUGAUGAUGAUGAUGAUUAUGAUGAUUCGGAUGAUGAUGAUGAUGAUGGUGAUGAUGAUGAUUGGGAUGAUGAUGAUGAUGAUGGUGAAGGUGAUGUUGAUGAUGAUAACGUUGAUGACAAUGAUGAUGAUGACGAUGUUGAUUCGGAUGAUGAUGAAGAUGAUGAUGAUCAUGAUAUUGAUGAUGAUGAUGAUGAUGUUGGUGCUGAUGUUGAUGAUUCGGAUGAUGAUGAUGAUGUUGAUGGUGAUGAUGGUUAUUCGGAUUAUGCUGACUCGGAAGAUGAUGAUGACGAAGAUGAUGAUGACGUUGAUAUUGAUGAAGAUGAAGAUUCGGCUGAUCACGAUUCGGAUGAUGAAGAUCAAGGUUAAAAUGACUCGGAUGAUUACGAUAAUGAUGAUGAUUAUGAUGAUGAUGUUGCAUUAUGAUGAUGUUUCGGACGAUGAUGAUGAUGAUGAUGAUGAUGAGGAUGUAGAUGAUGUUGAUGAUGAUGAUGUUGAAUCGGAUGAUGAUGAUGAUGAUGAUGAUUAUGAUGAUGAUUCUGAUGAUGACGAUGAUGAUGAUGACGAUGAUGUUCUUGAUGUUGAUGAAUGGGAUGCUGACUUUCGGAUGAUGAUGAUGAUGAUGAUGAUGAUGAUGAUGAUGAUGAUGAUGAUGAUGAUGAAUCUGAUGAUGAUGAUGAUGAUGAUGAUGAUGAUGAUGAUGAUGAUGAUGAUGAUGAUGAUCAUGAUGAUGAUGAUGAUGAUGAUGAUGAUGAUGAUGAUGAUGAUGAUGAUGAUGAUGAGACAUGAUGAUGAUGAUGAUGAUGAUGAUGAUGAUGAUGAUGAUGAUGAUGAUGAUGAUAAUGUGAUGAUGAUGAUGAUGAUGAUGAUGAUGAUGAUGAUGAUGAUGAUGAUAAUGAAGAUGAUUUGA